AUGUUACAGGCGCACGUGUUCGAGCACUACGCGCUUGGUUCGCCGUUCGAUCGCGCCGACGCGUGCGCCGUGUCCGACCUGGCGUGUCCGUACCUGAAGCUCGACGUGAGGCGGGACUGCCUGUUGGCGGAUACCAUGCGGCAGCUCGCGUAUCACGUUCGCUGCGGCGACAUCCGUAAGCCGUUACGCGUCCGUUUCGUGGGUGAAGAGGGCGUCGACGAGGGGGGCGUGCAGAAGGAGUUCUUCCAGCUCAUCGCGCCGGAGGUGUUCAGCAAGCGCGUGGGAUUCGAGUGGGACGACGAGACGAAUUGUUGCUGGUUCGCCAAGGGUAAGCAGCCGUGGGCCGAGUACGAGCUGGCGGGCGUCAUCGUUGGUUUGGCUGUGUACAACGGUCACGUUCUGGACCUCAGGUUACCGAAAGCGGCGUACAAGAAACUCACGGGCGAGAGGGUCGGGCUCGCCGACCUGCGCGACGUCGCGCCGUGGCACCACAACGCCGCGCUGUGCCUCCUUCGGUGCGAGAACGAAGACGAGUGCGCGAGCUUCGGUUUCUCCUUCUCCGCGUCGUACGUCGAUGACGUGAGCGGCGAGACGGAGUGCGUGGAUUUGCUCCCCCCGUGCGGCGAAGAGACGCGCGUGACGAUGGCGAACAGGACAGAGUACGUUCACAGGUACGCGGAGUGGUACCUCGUCGACUCGGUCGCCGCGCAGUUUGACGCGUUUCGAGUUGGCUUUGAGCGCCUCUGCUCCGGUUCGUGCGUUUCGAUGUUUCGUUCGGACGAGUUGGAGUCGGUCAUCGUCGGCGCGCCGAGUUUGGACUUUCGCGCGCUGCAGGCGAACUGCUCGUACGAGGACGGCCUGUUGGUCGACUCCGACCUGUCGCGGUGGUUCUGGGACGUGGUGCACCUCGAUUUGACGGCGCAUCAGCGAAGGCGGCUGCUGUGUUUCGUCACCGGCUGCGACAGGGCUCCGGUUGCCGGGCUAGGUUCGGUUCGUCUGGCGUUGAGCGUCAACGGAAGCGACGACGCUCGUUUACCCACGGCGCACACGUGCUUCAACCACCUGAUGCUGCCGAGGUACUCGUGCCGCGAAGUUCUGAGGGAGAGGCUGACGACGGCGAUCGAGAACGCCGAAGGCUUCGGGCUGCAGUAG